AUGAACGAAUGGCAAUCUCUAGCAGAGGUCGUCUACCCUUUCACAAUAGGACURAUAGUAACUGUCAGCGUCUCUGCCUUACCUACAGUUGUACUAAACUCGUUGAUCUUAACAGCCAUCAUCCGYACRCCAACUCUACAUACMCCUUCCAAUAUCUUGACUUGUAAUCUUGCGGCAGCCAACUUGGGAGUUGCSCUUAUUGCUAUUCCUUUUGGAGUGGCUUGGAAGUUUUUAGAACUGUACUAUCACGACUAUGAUAUACUGUGCAGUAUAACGAUUGUCACUUWCUCAAUCUGUUCCUUCUUCWAUGGCGGCAGUUUCUUAACUUUAGUAUUUGCGACUUUGGAUCGAUAYCUUGCGUUAGUUCUYCAUCUACGCUAUCCACUGCUYGUCACCAAUGGAAGAGUUAUCAUCACGUGCRUUCUCUAUUGGUGUACMUCUUUAAUUCAGAUUCCUCUUCUGAUGGKCGGAAGGAAUGUGUAUUUUAUUGCUGCAUCAAUAAUGAUAGUGCUAUUGCUGGUCAUCAUUGUGUUUUGUUACUCUCAAAUCUUCACUAUCAUUCGCCGUCAUCACAAUCAGAUUGCAAGCCAAGCAGUCAACUCUCCGACCUUUUUGCAUAGCAAAGUYACGUUUAUGUUAGGAAGCAUUUUCAACGGGACAAGUUAUGUGACCAUUCUUGUUGCAAUUGUGGAUCGAUAUCUUGCUCUGGUUCUUCAUCUUCGAUACCUGUCUGUUGUCACCGUUAGAAGACGAGUUUACGUCUCUGGUCUGUCGGUACKGGAAUACUGUAUCUCAACCCUUUAG